GGAUCGCCAACAACAACCCAACGCUGGGCAUUUUCUCCCUAUUGUGUCGAGUCGCCUGAACCCCCGGUUUCUUCUCUCUUCAGAUGCAGACAAUAUCCAUCUCAUGAUAGCCUGCCACCGACACUCUUUCCACCCACCAUGGUCAUUCGCAUCCUCAACUCCAGCCUGAUCUUCGACCGGCGCGUGGUCACCGCCAUCGCUGGCGCCGCGAUCCUCCUCUUCACCUUCACUUUCCUCUACUCGCCCGAUCUGCGACCGAGCGCAGACUGGAUACCGCCGCUGACGUCCAAGCCUCCGCCCUAUUUCUCCGCUCCGCCCAAAAAUGCACAAGACCCCAACAUCAUCGAGCUCGACUACCUGCGCAUCAAGCCCAAUGUCACAGAUAAGGUGCGGACUUACUGGAACAUCCCGUAUGCGGCGAGCGCGGCGGGGAAGAACAGGUUCCGUGGCCCGCAGCCGCUGAACAGGACGUAUGGCGUUGGUAGGGGAGAGAAGCCGCUGGUUUGGAGUGGGGAGUUGGGCAUGUGCCCUGGCAUACAGAAGAUUGAUGCAAAUUCGAGGAACAAGAAUGAUAUUGCAGGGGAAGAUGUUCUGGGGAUUAAUACACGCUCUACAGAGGACUGUCUGAGUUUGAAUGUCUUCACGCCGAUUGAUGCUGAGGCGGGAGAUGAUCUGCCGGUGCUGGUUAAUAUCCCUGGUGGUGGGUUCCACCUACCCGGGCGCAGUAAUGGAGGUGAGAUGGUGGAGAAGAGCCGGAGAGAAAAAGGCGUGAAUGGGAAGCUGGACAAGGGCAUUGUGGUUGUGACGAUGUACUACCGCAACGGCAUUUACGGGUUUCUGUCCGGGAAGGAAAUUGCAAAGGAUGGAGAUUACAACAAUGCGCUUAGGGAUCAGAGAGCCACGCUGGAGUGGAUCCAGAAGUACAUUCGCUACUUUGGCGGCAAUCCAGACCACGUCGUCUUGAUGGGCACGAGUGCGGGCGGCGCAUCGGUGCUCCUGCAACUCACCGCCAACGAGGGAGACAACCACGCCCCCAUCCCCGGCACAGGACGGAAACCCCUCUUCCACGGCGCCAUCGCGCAGAGUCCUGCCAGCCCGACAUUCUUCACCCCCGCUCAGGCUGAGAAGUUCUGGAACGAGGUCGCAGAUGGGUUGAACUGCACGGAUAUUGCUUGCGUGCGCGAUGCCAGCCCAGGAGAUCUCUACUACGAAAACUACCCCAUGAACUUCCCCGACCGCAACACGCCUCCCCGCUGGAUGUGGGCGCCCACCACGGAGCCCGAGGGCGGCAUGUGGACAGAACCUGCGCCCGCCGCCAUCAUGAACGGGCGCUAUGCCAAAGUACCCACCAUCAUCGGCUUCACGUCCAACGAGGGCACAGAUCAAGUCAAGAAGACGACAGAUACGCUGCAGGAGUUCAAAGACUACCUACAAAACCACUACCCGCUGCUCACAAACGACGACCUGAACCUGCUCGCGAAAACCUACCCCAACGACCGCCACUGGCCAGACAGCGGCCAAUUCUGGGACGCCGUAGCAAAAGCCCAAGGCGACAUCCGCUACAUCUGCCCGACAUACCUCGCCUCCACCGCCAUGGCCACGCACAACCCCGCCAACGUACCCACAUACCAGUACCAAUGGGACGUAAUGUGGGGCGUCGACAUCGAAAACGGCUUCGGCACCAAGCACGCCGGCACCGUCGGCCAAGUCAUGGUGCGCCGCCAGAACGAGAUCAGCGACUACUUCAUCAGCUUCGUCAAGUUCCUCGACCCAAAUGUCGAGCGCACCAAGGGCAUUGCGAAGUGGGACGCGCUGGACGAGAGCGGGAGGAGGCUGUUCUUUACGAAUCUGAAGGAGGGCGCGAAGAGGGGCGAUGGUACGAAUAUGCUUGGCCCUAUGCGUGUUGAUAUGCGGGCGAGGGAUCAGGCGAGGGCGAGGAGUUGUGAGGUUGUUAGGGGGUUGAUGGGGAGGCUGCAGAUGGAGCGGGGGGAGGCGGUGAGGCUGGAUUGAGUGUGUGGAUGCGGACGCGGACUUGGCUUUUGACUGCUGGGUUUGGGGGUUAAGCUUUCUGGAUUAAUGUGUUGGAUUGGUUGUGGGUGUGCUUUUUGGCGUUUGGGGAUUCUGCAUAGACGUUCGGGUUGUAACGGGGUACAGAUGAGCAGGUUUGGAGAUUGUGGACAUAUACAUAUAUGUAUAUGCUCGGCCUGUUGGACGGCCUCGAUGCGCUACGUAGUCGUUGUGCUCAGCUGGAAGGUAUAGUGGAACUAUCUAGACAUUGGAUUACUGUGCGUCGAAGCAUACUCUGUGAGUAGAAGUUCAACGUGCCAGCUAUCGCGCCUGCCCGUUCGAUUAAGUUGUUUGACAUUGCCGUGAAG